UUGAGAGAUGAUGGGUGGGAUGGGGUUGGGAGUGAUGAUGGGUGUGAUGGGGUUGGGAGUGAUGAUGGGUGUGAUGGGAUUGGGAGUGAUGAUGGGUGUGAUGGGAUUGGGAGUGAUGAUGGGUGUGAUGGGAUUGGGAGUGAUGAUGGGUGUGAUGGGAUUGGGAGUGAUGAUGGGUGUGAUGGGGUUGGGAGUGAUGAUGGGUGUGAUGGGGUUGGGAGUGAUGAUGGGUGUGAUGGGGUUGGGAGUGAUGAUGGGUGUAAUGGGGUUGGGAGUGAUGAUGGGUGUAAUGGGGUUGGGAGUGAUGAUGGGUGUGAUGGUGUUGAGGGUGGUGAUGGUGGUGAUGGUUGUGUGACUGGUGAUGGGUGUGUGACUGGUGAUGGGUGUGUGACUGAUGAUGGGUGUGUGACUGAUGAUGGGUGUGUGACUGGUGAUGGGUGGGUGACUGAUGAUGGGUGUGUGACUGAUGAUGGGUGUGUGACUGAUGAUGGGUGUGUGACUGAUGAUGGGUGUGUGACUGAUGAUGGGUGUGUGACUGGUGAUGGGUGUGUGACUGAUGAUGGGUGUGUGACUGAUGAUGGGUGUGUGACUGAUGAUGGGUGUGUGACUGGUGAUGGGUGUGUGACUGAUGAUGGGUGUGUGACUGAUGAUGGGUGUGUGACUGAUGAUGGGUGUGUGACUGAUGAUGGGUGUGUGACUGAUGAUGGGUGUGUGACUGGUGAUGGGUGUGUGACUGAUGAUGGGUGUGUGACUGAUGAUGGGUGUGUGACUGAUGAUGGGUGUGUGACUGAUGAUGGGUGUGUGACUGAUGAUGGGAGUGUGACUGAUGAUGGGUGUGUGACUGAUGAUGGGUGUGUGACUGAUGAUGGGAGUGUGACUGAUGAUGGGUGUGUGACUGAUGAUGGGUGUGUGACUGGUGAUGGGUGUGUGACUGAUGAUGGGUGUGUGACUGAUGAUGGGUGUGUGACUGAUGAUGGGUGUGUGACUGAUGAUGGGUGUGUGACUGAUGAUGGGUGUGUGACUGGUGAUGGGUGUGUGACUGAUGAUGGGUGUGUGACUGAUGAUGGGAGUGUGACUGAUGAUGGGUGUGUGACUGAUGAUGGGUGUGUGACUGAUGAUGGGAGUGUGACUGAUGAUGGGUGUGUGACUGAUGAUGGGUGUGUGACUGAUGAUGGGUGUGUGACUGAUGAUGGGUGUGUGACUGGUGAUGGGUGUGUGACUGAUGAUGGGUGUGUGACUGAUGAUGGUUAUGGGACACUCACUCCUCUCGUCAUCACUGCGUCCAUCGACAUCCACCCACAUCUUUCAAGUCGACCCAAAUCUUCCCUCCCUUUCCUGUCCUCCUUGCCCUCGCUUUUACCGUGCGACCCAUGA